AUGCAGGCCAGCGCCGAUGAGACCGAGCUUAUGGCCGAGAACCUCUCGGCCAGGGAAGUCCUGCAGAGCGAGCUGCGGCUGGAGCUGAGUCAGGGCCAACAGCUGGCACAGGAGCUGGCCCAUGAGCAGUCAGCCUGCGCCCAGCUGACGGAAGACGUCCAAAGCCAGCGAGGUGAGGCCAGCGAGGCAGCCGGCGCCUUGCAGAAAGUCGCUUCUGAGUUGGCCCAGCACCAGGAGAGCGCGGCAGGCGCUCUUGCAGCAGAGGCGGCUCUUGCGGGCGAGGUGUCGCGACUUCGGGCGGAGGCGGCAAAGCUGAAAGACACGUGCCGGGAGCAGCUUGAAGGCCUCGGGAAGAUGAGCUCGGAGAGCCACCGCAGCGCAGAGGAAGCAAAAGGGGCCGAAGAGGCCUGCGCCUCCGCCCGACAGCAGUUGCAACUGAAGGAGGUCGCGGCAUCCGAGUUGCAAAGCGAGCUGGCGAUCGAGAUGCAGAAGCACCAGAGCUGCUUGGAAGCCCUUGAGGCUGCCCAGGAGACGCAUCACUCGGCCGAGGAGGCGCAGGCCGCGGCCGCUCGGCACUCCGCGGAGCUGCGGGCCGCGUUGCAGGGCCUGACGGCGGACUUGGCGCCUCCGGAGCCGGAAGGCGAGAGCUCUGUGAGUGCGCUGUCGCGGCGAGUGGGGGAGCGCUCAUGGAGCGCAACCUUGGCCUGCAGAGGCGCAUGGCAGGAUUUGCGAAGGCCGCUGCUGUCGUGCCACAGCCCGACACCCAGCUCGUCGCGGCCGAGGAGAGCACGGAGCCUGCGCCGCCGAGGAGUCGCAGUCCCAGGCAGCGGCGGGCACGGCAGUCGGUGCACUACUUCGACCGACGCCACGUGGAGGUACUUGCAGCUAGGUCAGAGGCGUCAGAGGCGGAGGCUCCGGAGUGGGGCCCAGACCUCGAAGCCUUCGUCGCGGCGGUGCAACGGGAUGCAGAGCAGUUGCAGACGGCUUGGCAAGAGAUGCAGCAGACCAUGGCAUCAGAGAGUUGGAGGAGCGAGUUCACGCGCGAGGAGAUCCUGA